UAAGAUGUUAUGCGUGUUCGGUGGUAAUUUGAACAAGAGAGCAAUUGUUUUUGGAUUGAAAAAGAAACUGUCGAAAAAAAUCAAAUAAAGUGGACAAAAUAGGAAAAUUCAAGGGAAUAUUGUUGGGAAUUUUAAAGAAAUUCAAAAUGCUGAACGCACAAAGGUUGCUGCUUAAAAAUCCCUCUGUGGCAUCUCGACCAUAUGCUACAAAAAAGAUAAUCGCAAUCAGACGCGAGGAUCAAAGCGUCUGGGAAAGGAGGGCCCCAUUUUCUCCCACCCAUGUCCGGAAACUGGUGAAGCGAGGAGUCAAAGUUAUUGUCCAACCCAGCAACCGAAGAGCUUAUCCGAUGCAAGCUUAUUUAAACGCUGGGGCUUUAGUCCAGGAGGACAUUUCCGAAGCAAACAUUAUAUUUGGAGUCAAGCAAGUCCCUAUAGAGUUGCUCAUACCGAACAAAACCUACUGCAUGUUUUCGCACACCAUCAAAGCCCAAGAAUCGAAUAUGCCUCUUUUGGAUGCCAUUCUGGAAAAAAAUAUUCGACUGAUUGAUUAUGAGAAACUCAUGGAUGAAAAGGGACAGAGAGUUGUGGCGUUCGGAAAGAUGGCUGGAAUCGCGGGAAUGGUUAAUAUUUUGCAUGGAAUGGGACUGAGACUUUUGGCUUUAGGUCAUCACACACCUUUUAUGCACAUAGGCCCCGCCCAUAACUACAGAAACUCUUCAAUGGCCAGACAGGCCGUAAGAGAUGCUGGGUACGAGAUAUCUUUGGGUUUGAUGCCAAAAUCCAUCGGACCUUUAACAUACGUAUUCACAGGGUCCGGUAACGUUUCUCAGGGCUCUCAGGAAGUAUUUCAAGAGUUACCACAUGAGUAUGUGACACCAGAAACCUUAAAGAAGGCUGCGGAACAUGGCAGCUUGAACAAGGUAUACGGUUGUGAAAUUAGACGAAAAGAUUACUUAGAACGAGCUGAUGGUGGUGGAUACGAUCCAGUUGAGUAUGAGGAACAUCCUGAACGUUACAUAUCAACCUUCAACAAGAAGAUUGCGCCAUAUGCAUCAGUUAUUGUCAAUGGAAUAUAUUGGGCUGUCAAUAGUCCAAAGUUAUUAACAAUUCCUGAUGCAAAACAUUUGUUAAGACCUGUACAUGCACCUUGGUUACCAACCUCAGUGGGAGCACCAGCAUUACCACACCGAAUGUUGGCAAUUUGCGACAUAUCAGCAGACCCGGGCGGUUCUAUUGAAUUUAUGAAUGAAUGCACCACCAUUGAUACACCAUUUUGUUUGUAUGAUGCAGACAGAAAUAAAGAUACUAAAUCCUUCAACGGUCCUGGAGUAUUAGUAUGCAGUAUUGACAAUAUGCCCACACAAAUACCAAGAGAAAGUACCGAUUUCUUUGGAGACCUUCUCCUACCCUAUAGUUACGAUAUUUUGAAAUCUGAUGCUACUCAACCUUUGGAAAGUCAUAGUUUUUGUCCAAGUGUUUCAGGGGCAAUUAUUGCCAGUAAUGGAAAGUUAACAACGAAUUAUGAAUAUAUCCAAGACCUCAGGAAAGCAGCGAUAAAAAGCAGGCACAAGUGUGCAGGAACUGAUGUUGCAAGGGAAAAGAACGUGGUUAUUUUAGGUGCAGGUCGAGUGGCAGCGCCUUUGGUCGAAUAUCUUAACCGCGACAAAUCUGUUGGUAUCACAGUUGCUUGCGAGAAAAGAGAAUUAGGUGAUCAAUUGGCACAUCAAUUCCCGGGCAUUGAAAGUGCCUAUCUAAACGCUGCCGAUAAUCCAUCAUCCCUAAAUGACUUAGUAAAGAGGGCGGACGUUGUCGUAUCCAUUUUACCAGCCAAUUUGCAUCCUAUUGUUGCCAAGGCUUGUAUUGAUGAGAAAAAGCACAUGGUAACCGCCAGUUACAUGAGUCCUGAAGUAAGAAGCUUCAACAAAGAAGCGUUGGAUGCUGGUGUAACGAUAUUAAAUGAAGUGGGGCUGGAUCCAGGUAUUGAUCAUUUAUUGGCCUUAGAAUGCAUCCAAGAAGCCAAAGCGAUGGGUGGUCGCAUAACUUCGUUUGAAUCAUUUUGCGGAGGUCUUCCAGCACCAGAGUUUAGUGACAAUCCAUUAAGAUACAAGUUUUCUUGGUCUCCCCGUGGCGCCUUAGCUAAUACAGUAUCCUCAGCGAGGUAUUUGAGAAAAGGACAAAUUGUUGAAAUAAAACAAGGCGGUGAUUUGAUGCAAGCCACCAAAUCUCUGGAUUUCCUUCCUGGCUUUAAUUUGGAAGGUUUUCCUAACAGAGAUAGUACUGUAUAUGCCAAGUAUUAUGGAAUUGAAGAUGCUACAACAGUAUUAAGGGGCACCAUAAGAUACAAUGGUUUUGCAAAUGCUGCAAGACAUCUCCAAUAUUUAGGUCUUCUAGAUUCAGAACCUCAUCCAAGCUUGCAUCAGCAAGGUCCAGAAAUUACUUGGAGGCAAUUGAUUUGUAACCUGAUUAGUGUAGAAGAUGUGAACAUUCUUUAUGACAACUUGAAGGCGAAGAUAAUAGAAAGAACUGGAUCCGAAACUUCUGUUGAAGUUCUUGAAGAAUUGGGAUUGUUGGAUGAAAAAACUAUUGAGAAAUGUGGAAAUCCAUUGGAAACCCUGGCCCACUAUUUGUCUGUUAAACUUGCAUUAGAGAAAAAUGAACGAGAUAUUAUAAUACUUCGUCAUGAGAUUGGUAUAAACUGGCCUGAUAAUAAAAAGGAGACUCGUGGAGUUAAUCUUGUUGUUUAUGGAGAUGUCAAUGGGUAUUCUGCAAUGGCAAAGACUGUAGGGUAUCCAGCAGCUAUUGCCACCAAAAUGAUUUUGGAUGGUGAAAUUCAAGAGAGAGGCUGCAUAUUGCCAUUUGCUACAGAAAUCUACAGACCCAUUUUGCAAAGGUUAAGAGCUGAGGGCCUUUACAGCACUGAAACUUCAAAAUUUUUCUGAACAGCAGAAAAUAAUAUUAUAAAUCUUUCAUUAUUUCUCAUUAUU